AUGCCACGACCGACACCUCCCGAUUUACUGCUUUUGCCAAAGAACAAUAGCAACAGCAGCAGCAGUAGCAACGACAAUCAGUAUCUAGCUACAGCUUAUUUGAGGAUCCGUCUACCACCAUCCAUGCACCACGAGAAAGGUCGCUACUAUUUAAAAGUUGUAGCUGUAUCGAGGUUUCGAUAUAACACUAUCAAGGGAUACAAGUUCAGCAGCAUCAUCACUGAGAAUGUCAAGCAAAAGGAAUUCUUUGACAAGACGAUAUUGCCACUGGUUGAAGAUUAUCUCAAAGGAGAGAAUGCGCUUGUGUUUGCAUAUGGUGUCACCAAUUCAGGCAACACAUACACCGUCAUGGGAACAAAGGAAGAGAUCGGAUUGGUACCACAGACACUGGAUAUCAUUUUCAAUUGCGGGCAAGGAUCCUUGAAUGAAUCCAAGAUUAAGCCGACAAUGAACAGCCUUGUUGAAACCUAUCAUGACCCCGCUGAAGAGAAUUGA